AUGGCUCUGAGAAAUGGAGAAACACAAGCAUCCUGGGCCACAGCCACCACGGUCCACCAAAACGUGAAGCAAUGGCUCAAUCUCAACACUCAGAAAAUAUCCCCCCCACUCUUCACAACCCGCAAGAACAAAAUCAUAGAAGAGCUCGCCAUCCCAGACGAAGACUACACGGAUCUCUCACCAAAGGGCUCCGUCGACCUCGGCGUGCGCGACUUGAUCCGCGAUAUUAAUGCUUUGCCCGGUUUAGUCACGACGAGCAGUUGUGCGGGGCGUAUUAGUGUUUUUCUCGAGGGUAGAAGAGACGUAUCUUCGUCCGAGCAGGAGGUAAAACCUGAAGGCGCAGAGUCAGAACCAGAGGUCCAAGAUGAUCAGAGAGUCUUCGCGCCGUCCGGGGGCAAGGGUGCUGGGAGGUGGUUGUAUGUUUCGCACGACCCAUUUCCCGGCUUAAGGUCCAAUCCAUCGAAUUCGAACGCGAGUUCGGCUCCAGCCUCGCUGCACGAGGCUUUCGGACUGGUUCCUGGCGAUGGGAAACCGCCGAUUGUCAGUGCUGGGAAGUCAUUGAGGCUUGUUCGUUUCCAUUAUGAUCCAUUGAUCCUGCACGUAAUGGCUGCAAGUCUGUCCCACGCAAGUCCCGUCUUAGCCGCAGCAUCGGCCUCGGGCUUUCGGGAAAGCGGCCUGCAAAGUCUCCGCUGCCUUGAAGGAGAAGGUACGGGGCCUAGUCCCAUCGUUGCUGUGCGCUCAGCUGGUCUUCAAUUCGAGUCUGUGAUUGGGUAUUGCGAUGACGAGGAUGAAUCAUCUGUCGGUGAGCCUGUUAUUCGCAGCCUCGUGACGGAGGAGUAUCUGGCCAUGUUGAUUGCUAUGUCGGAUGAGCGGUUCAAGGUUAAUUCUGAGCGGAGGGAGAGGUUUAGGGCUACUUUGCUUGAGGCUUGGAAGGGGAAGGGGAAGUCUAGGUCGGAGGAUUGGGAGGAUCCUGUUGCACGCAGGGAGAGGAAACGGGCUGAGGGGUUGGCCAGGAAGAAGUUGUUGGAAAGUCAGAGGAUGCAGGAUUCUGGGGCUGAGGGUGAGGUUGAGUCUGCUGGUCAGGGUCAGGAUAUUUGA